AUUGCCGCUUCCUUUCUCCCGUCCUCUUCCAUUCUCGAUUUUAGAUACUGCCAUUGCGAAGCCACAGGUGCCUUAAGAAUGUCUCCGUCAGACGAAUCUUAUGAUUCGGAUGAAACAUUCAAGCCUGCCAAACAACGGCAGCGGACUUCUACUAUGGCCAAACGGAGAAAACUUAGCAGAAAACAACAUCCAUCGGAUCCUGAAUCAGCAAAUGAGCCAAAUACGCAAUUGGAUUCAUUUUUCCGCGAAAUAGCUUGUAGUGACUCUCCAGGACGCGCGUUUGAAGAUGUCUUUGAGGCUUUGGUUCCGGACUAUGCAGAAGUAAGAAAUAAUUUACAUAGAAAAGAGGGUGGAAAAGAUGAAUAUGGCGUUCAACUCAGAACGCUGACACGUUUUGAAUCCUCAUGCGUCCUGGAUUCAUUCUCACAGGGAGACGUUCCUUAUGCUACCUAUUUUUUGCUCCGAAAGCUCAAACUUGAUAGGGAGCAGCGCAGAGUGAAUUUCAGCCCUGCCGAUCCACGGUUAAUUGAAAGUAUAACUGGAGACACACUGCCAUCUGUACAAGAACAGCAAGAUCUACCAAACUCAAAGGUUCUGGAAGCCUUACAGGACAUACAAACGACAGCAUACGAAGUCUCGUUUGCGUCUCGCCUGCAAGGAACAAUGCCGUCUAGAACACCCGGAUUGUUGGCUCUGGACUGGGAGACAGUGACUCCGUGGAUGGCGCUUAUGAAUGAUGUUCGGCAACAUUAUCGCUUGGCACACCCGGGGCAAAAUCAUGUCGCUGAAACAUCCGCUCCAAUCGAAUAUUGUUCUCUCCGUGCUUGCCAUCUUGGUCAAGUACACGAGCUACUUGCAGGAGCUUUCUGGGAAGGAAUCGAUGUGAGCGAUUCUCUUGACUACUGGCCUGAAAGAUGCACUGUUGUCGCAACGUAUAAACGACUUGUUGUUGGGAUAGCUAUCAUCAGCUCUCCCCGAGAGACGUAUAUUACUUUUCUCGCGGUCAAACCGGGUUGGGACAAUGCACAAAUUGCCACGUCGAUGCUGUACCAUCUUAUCCAACUAAACCCUCACAAAGACAUUACGCUACACGUCUCGGCUAACAAUCCUGCCUUGCUGCUGUAUAAUCGUUUCGGCUUCAAGGCUGAAGGGUUUGUCGUUGGUUUCUACGAGGCCUACCUGGACCCUCAAUCGCGUUCUUCAACUAAUGCAUUCCGAUUGCGACUCCGCCAUUGAUUGUGAUGCGACUGAUGAUCAUAGUGUUACGUUAAAUCGCCCUAGCUUAUCGGGUUUCCUAGUGUCGCAUGAACCAGUGUGCGACAAUCUGACGCCCAACUCGAGCCCGUAUAGUCUGACUCCGUAAAAACACCGUCGAGGACGAGCGCGUGGGUGUGCUCUCUUGCUCUCCUU